CGCCAUUAUGUUGCGACCUGCGCAGUAUACUGCCAAACAAACGUUUUACAUUAAAAAUAAAACGGCUUAAAGUUGAGCAUUGUAGAAUUAGAAAAAAAACUCAGUUUUUUGCAAUUUAAGACAAGAACAUUGUGUUAAAAGUGAAUCAGUCAUUUUUUAGGUUAUAAUGUCUGCAGUCACCCAAGAUAAAAACGAAAUUGAUAUCCAAAGACUACCCGUAAACUCCGAAGAGCACAUUUUUUACGACUGGGUCAUAAAAUACAAGAAAUCACAUAUUUUACACUCGAUUUGUGCAAGUGCAGAGAAAUGCAAAGACCUGUCACAAGAACCUUGUUUACUUUGCUUAUAUACGCGAACUCUGGAUAUUCCACAUUUGCCUGAAAUGGUGUUUCCAAAUAAUGUUUUGACUCUUAAACACAGUUCAGGGGGGCAAAUUGAAUUUAAUGCUUUGGAUGCGCUUAAAACUGUUGCUAAUGGGAAAUUGCCGAUAAAAGUGGCUUGUUCAGAAGAGUGGAGUGAGUCAAGACCCCCUGAACAUUUGAACCAAAAAAUUAAACCGUUUGAUUGGACGUUUAGUAAUGAUUAUAAAGGGACAAUCACAGGACCUGUACAAGUAGUGACAACUGAGGAAAGGAUCAAUAUUGAGAAAUUAAAAGAAAAAGAAAAGAUUUUAUUUUAUCAAGAAUUAAUGCUUUAUGAGGAUGAAUUACAUGAUAAUGGAAUUUCGUCAUGCACGAUAAAAAUCCGUGUAAUGCCCAGUUCUUAUUUUAUUCUGCUCAGAUUUUUUCUAAGGGUAGAUAAUGUUAUGUUAAGAGUAAACGAUACAAGGCUUUAUCACGAAUUUAACACAAAUUAUAUCUUGAGGGAAUACACAAAUAAGGAAUGUGCAUUUGGUGAUGUAGAAUUACCAUUAAAUGUUUUUGGUAAUCCAAAUGUUUUAUCCCCUCAUAUGCCUGUAAGGACUGCAGUUUAUGAAAAAUUAAUUUUUGGUGAAUGUAAACCUCCAACAGAAGGGGCCGCGGAUGAAUGUUCUAUACAAAGUACAAGCAGAAGCGAGUAAUUUUCAGUAUAUAAGUGCAUUUAAUAAAUUAUUUUUUGAAAUCA